AUGUCAAGGCCUGGACUGCGGCAGCGCCCCUUGAGGGAAGCAGCAGCAGCAGCAGGAGGUGCAACAGGAGGAGCAGCAGCAGCGGGAGGAGCAGCAGCGACCCCUCAGCCCCUGCUGCUGGGAAUUCGAACCGCAGCAGCAGCAGCAGCAGCGGGCAAGUUGCCGCUGCUGCUGCGCGGCCCACAACAGCAGCAACCACCCGAUCAGCAGCAGCAGCAGCAGCUGCAGCAGCAGCAGCAAACGCUGCUGCUGCACCGCCGCGGGUUUCUCCAACUGCAGCGCACCCAACUACUCGCGCAGCAGCAGCAGCUGCUGCUGCUGCUGCUGCAACAGCAGCAACAGCAGCAACAGCAGCAACAACUGCUGCUGCUCGACGGCCAGCGACCACUCGCAACGCAGCAGCAGCAGCUGCUGCUGCUGCUGAGAGACAAGGCCCCGUAG